AUGAUGGACUCGACAGUCGGCAGCUCGUCUUUUGGGAGGCAUCUAAUCUUUGUUAUUAGCAUGGCCGUGGCCUUGACCGCCUCACGAGCUUCUGCCCAGAUGAGCAACGGUAGCCUACAUUUGGACAACACCGUACGAGUCGAUCCUUUAGACAAUCUGAGGAAGUACAGAGAAGGUUAUGAUGUCACGAAUGAACAUUACUGGAGCUCGACCGUUUUUACCGGUGUGUCCGGUUAUGCCAUAUCAGUUGCAUGGCUCGUGUGUGGGCUCGGUUAUGGAGUAUACCUUCUCGUUCGAAUAUCUUUCAAGAAAAACAGAAAACCGAAGAAAAUCGUGCCGUGUCGCAAGAAUUGUCGCCUGCAGCCACUUGUUGUUGCUGUUGUUUUUACAGUCCUUGCAAUACUGGGCGUUGGCCUUGUUCUUGGAGGGAACGCGAAAUUCCACUCGAGAGCUAAGACAGUGAUCGACAUUAUUAUAGACACAGCUGACGAGGCUUCAGACACGAUACGCAACACGACACAAGCUAUGAAGGAUAUGAACACCACUUUAGGAAAUGCAAACGGGACUGAGUCGAGUGACAGCCGGGCCACCCGUUUUCUGACUAGGACUUCACGGGCUCUCGAUGAUCAGGCUGCAAAUAUUUCCAGACAUGCUUCGAAGAACAGGCGCCUAAUCAACCGAGGCCUCAACAUAGUGUAUAUAAUAACGACCGUGACUAUCUCAUUGACGUUAGUUUCUGUGAUUUCUCUUCUAGGUGAGUUUCAAGAUUUUAUUCAAUUAAUCGCGCUUUGCUGGACACUUGCUGUCCUCUGCUGGCUGUUCUUCGGCAUAUACCUCUUCCUACAAAACUUUGCAAAUGACACAUGCACAGCAUUCGAGAGCUUUCAACAGAAUCCUUACAACAACAGCCUCAGCUCGAUUCUCCCCUGUGACGAGUUGCUUUCUGCACGAUCCGUUCUUGAUGAUGUUAGUUCAGGAAUAUUCGACCUAGUGAACGAGGUGAACAACAAUAUAUCCACAUCAUACGGCAAUAUUGUUCAGAUAUGCAACCCGUUUUCUCCACCUCCAAUGUACGAAUACCAGCCUUCGAAUUGUCCAGCCGAGUCGAUCCGAAUAGGCGAUAUUCCCCGAGUGUUGAGACUGCUGACGUGUCCCGACACGAAUGGUGGCACUUGCAACGGUGGAAUUGUUGUUCCAGCUGGCGAUUUUAAUCGGGUCGAGGCCUACACGACAUCUGUACAGAGACUGCUGGACGUGUACCCGGGCAUGGAGAGCCUGGUCGAGUGUGGAACAGUUCGGGCCGCCUUUGCUGAGAUUCUUGGGAGUCACUGCAGCCGGUUAAGGAGGUAUGCCCGCAUGGCGUGGGCCUCGCUUGCCUUUCUGUCGGCUGUGAUGGUUGUGUUGGUCCUCUUGUGGGCUGCUGGGGCCCAUCAUGUCCGUGCCCAACAUCCGUUGGGUGGCUCUGUGAAGCCACAUUUGGUGAGCGGACCGGAGGUUGGGAAAGACGGGUCGAAGCACAAUGCUGAUGUGUAG